AUGACUUCGAAUGCUGGGUCCUUCGUGACCUUCCUUAUUGUUUGCCCCACCUCCUUCUUCCUCGGGAUAAUAUUCUCCAUGUUUCCCUAUGACUACCCGAUCUUAUGGUCGACCAAACCCACGCCCAGCGAUUACUACGCAUUCCUAGAAAGCCACCUGAAAUUCAUGCACGCCUCCCCGCCUCUCAUCCCGCGCAUCCUGCACAUCGUCAUGUUCCUCGGCCUAGCCGCUCUCAUCAGGAAACUCUACAAACCCUCUGAAUCCAACAUGCUCUUCGACGGCGCGAGCCUCGUCCUCUACAUGUGCGGCGUCAUCGUUUAUAUCGCCAAUGUCGUCAAGGGCCUGCGUAUUGUCUCGUCGGGUAACUAUGGUGUCCCGGACCCGGAGGAUGAGUCGGAUCAGGUACUCGGUCGUGAAGAUAGCUUGAAGGUCAUGGCGGCGAGUAACACCAUUCUGGCGCUGGUUUUGAUAGGUGUUUUGGUCUUACAAGCUGGGCAAUGGUAUGCGGAGCGCAAGGAGCAGCAGGAAGCGGACGCCCUGAGCAAGGAGAACGAGGCGAAGAAGGACGCUCCCAAGGUCGCGAGGCAAAAUAGCAGUGCGUCGUCAAAGAAGAAGCAGUGA